AUGGCGGCCACAGCAGCGACUCGGCCACCGAUACGACCACGAACAGCCAGGCCAGAAGCCCGACAAGCCGUAACAGGCGGUGGGUUCUCGACAGCCUGGUUCCAGCUCGCCGCGUUGGACAGCAGCCUAUGGCAGCGAGCAGAUGGUGGCCCGUCUUCUCAGCUCGCCGCAGAGGAAGCGAGUUCAGGCUGCUGGGUGACCGGCCGUGGAUGGCUUGCAGAAGCCCGCCUCGGCCGUGACUUGGCUGCUGCUGCUGCUGCUGCGGCUUCUGCUGGCCAUGAUAUGAAAGAAGGCCGGCAGCCUCAGCUUCGGCGUCGCAGCGAGCUGGCGAUGAUGGCCGGAGGAGGUCGACAGGUCCCAUUAUUACUAACCAUAGAUAUCACCAAUUCAGUUAAUUCACCGUCCGGCGAUGGAGGAAAGGCAGCCAUCGAACGUCCAACUACAAGCAAUGAUAUCAAUAACAACGAGAUAUAG